UCAAAAAUCUUUAAUGUCAAAUGCAGAUUGAUUAGAAGUCAGAAGCCAAUGAUGAGAAACAACACAAUAACAUUUAUCCUGCUGGGACUGACUGAUGACCCACAACUGAAGGUUGUGAUUUUCAACUUUCUCUUUCUCACCUACAUGUUGAGUGUAACUGGGAACCUAAUAAUCAUUUUUCUCACCCUCAACAAUUCUCACCUUAAAACUGCCAUGUACUUUUUCCUACAAAAUUUCUCCUUCUUAGAAAUUUCUUUUACAUCUGCUUGUAUUCCCAGAUACCUCUACAACAUGUCAGUUGGUGACAGGACAAUCACAUACAACGAUUGUAUCAUUCAAAUGUUUUUUACUGACCUCUUUGGUGUAACAGAAUUUUUUCUUCUGGCCACCAUGUCCUAUGACCGAUAUGUAGCCAUCUGCAAACCCCUACAUUACGUGACCGUCAUCAACAACAAGGUCUGUAGAAGACUCAUCUUGUAUUGCUGGACAGCUGGCUUGUUAAUCAUACUCCCACCACUUAGCCUGGGCCUAAAUCUAGAAUUUUGUGACUCUAAUGUCAUUGACCAUUUUGCUUGUGAUGCAUUUCCUCUCCUAAAGAUCUCAUGCUCAGAAACAUGGCUCAUAGAGCAGGUGGUCAUAGUUUGUGCUGUGUUGACCUUUAUCAUGACCCUUAUAUGUGUUGUCCUGUCCUAUGUAUACAUCAUCAAGACCAUUCUUCAAUUCCCUUCUGCCCAGCAAAGGAAAAAAGCAUUUUCUACCUGCUCUUCCCACCUGAUUGUGGUUUCCAUCACCUAUGGCAGCUGCAUCUUCAUCUAUGUCAAACCUUCAGCAAAGAAUUCAGUGGCUGUUAAUAAGGGUGUGAUGGUGCUCACUACGUCCAUUGCCCCCGUGCUGAACCCCUUCAUUUAUACCCUGAGGAAUAAGCAGGUAAAACAAGCCUUCAAUGACUCAAUCAAAAGGAUUGCAUUGUUCUUAAAGAAAAAAAUAAAUUUCCUGAUGUAG